GCAGAGCAAUAAAAUAUAGCAAAGAAUUCUAGAAUGUGUCAUCAUUUUUCAUGUUUCUCUCUCUCUCCAUAGUCGUGGUCGAGGAGUGGGAAUCUAGUAAAGGCAGAGGUGCUCUGCUUUUCAUUCAAAUUCAAUAAUUCAUUCUACUCUAACUUCUCCUCUCUAACUUCUUUACUCUUCUGCCAUAAUUAGUCCAUUUUUCCUGUCUGCUCUAAAUAAAAUCCCAAACCAAUAGAAACUAAGAAUAUUUUGCAAGAUGCCCCUUUCCGAUUUCUCCAUGAAAUUCAAAUUCUUGAAACCUCCGGAUUCCACGCUGGGCGUUGUGGGCUGCUUCUCCUUCUGCCUCUGCUUGAUUCUUUGCUUCUUCCUGCUGGACUACAGCGUUGUGGAGAACUUUCAUGGGAAUUCAUCGUUGAUGGCAUGGUUCAAGCCGAAUGGUUCGCUGCCGGGGCAGGAGAUGGUGGGAUUUCUCGAAGCAGGCGGUGAUGGGUGUGAUGUAUUUAAUGGGAGAUGGGAGUGGGAUGAAAGGUAUCCGCUUUACCAAUCGCGGGAUUGCGCUUUCUUGGAUGAGGGUUUCAGGUGUAGUGAGAACGGCAGGCCCGAUAAUUUCUAUACCAAGUGGCGCUGGCAGCCCAAUCAUUGCAACUUGCCAAGAUUUGAUGCGAAAGUCAUGCUGGAGAAGCUGCGAGGCAAGCGCCUAGCAUUUGUUGGAGACUCUAUAGGUCGGAACCAAUGGGAGUCGCUUCUUUGCAUGCUAUCCUCAGCGGUUCCAAACAAGACUUCGAUUUAUGAAGUGAAUGGGAACCCUAUUACAAAGCAUAUGGGCUUUUUGAUCUUUAAAUUUAGAGACUUCAACUGCACAGUUGAGUACUAUAGAGCUCCAUUUCUAGUGUUGCAGAGCCGGGCACCUGCUGGCGCCCCCAAAAACGUGAAAAUGACAUUGAAGCUGGAUCAAAUGGAUUGGAGCUCGUCGAAGUGGAAGGACGCGGAUAUACUGAUUUUCAACACCGGACACUGGUGGAAUAACGAGAAGACCAUCAAAGUGGGAUGUUACUUCCAAGAAGGGAUGGAGAUUAAGAUGGAGAUGAGCGUCGAAGAUGCCUUCCGUAGGUCUAUAUUUACGGUAAUGGACUGGAUCGGCCGUCAAGUAAAUGUUUCAACAAAACAUAUCCUCUUCCGAACCUAUGCUCCCGUACAUUUCAGUGGAGGGGACUGGAACACCGGUGGUGGCUGUGACCUAGAGACGUUCCCAGAUUUGACUGCAUCUCCGAUGUCACCUGAAACACUGGUGGGGUUCAAAACCGUUGUUGAUGCCUUGUCCGAACGUCAGAGACUCCCAGUUAUAGAAUUAUUGAACGUGACUAGCAUGACGUCCCAAAGAAGAGACGGGCACUCUUCAUACUACUACUUAGGUCCUGCAGCCCAACCCUCUGCUCUUCAGCAUCAAGACUGCAGCCACUGGUGCCUCCCUGGCAUCCCUGACUCGUGGAACGAGCUUCUGUAUGCUGUUUUACUCAAACGAGAGGGGUGGAAUUCAACAAAAACUCCUCAUUCCCCUGGCUAGCGCAAUACAAGAUCAAAAUGGCUUUCGAUGCAAAACCAUCAAGUGAUGAUAACUUGAAGUUUGAUGCAGUGAUCUGUGCUGUUCGUAUGAAAGAUGAGGGAUGCUUCUUCCACGGAUUGAUCAAUUGAGCAUUCGACACUGCAAAGAAGCGCACGCCACUGGUUUAGGUCAGUUGCUUUGAUGUUAGGAAGAUGUGCAGGGAGUAAUAUUAAGAUUAUUUUUAGGUAAAUAUAUAUUCUUAUCGUUGCAUUAUUGGAGAAAUACAAAUUUGAUUGCCAAGAAAUGCACAGAUUUAAAGCUAAA